CUGAAAAUAAAAGAUGACAACAGCAGCAAGGCCAACUUUUGAACCUGCAAGAGGUGGGAGAGGAAAAGGAGAAGGUGACUUGAGCCAACUCUCAAAGCAGUAUUCAAGCAGAGACCUUCCCUCUCACACAAAGAUAAAAUACAGACAAACUACUCAGGAUGCCCCUGAAGAGGUUCGUAACCGUGACUUCAGGAGAGAAUUGGAAGAGAGAGAGAGAGCUGCUGCACGAGAAAAAAAUAGGGAUCGUCCAACUCGAGAACAUACAACUUCCUCUUCGGUGUCAAAGAAGCCUCGGUUAGACCAGAUUCCUGCUGCCAACCUUGAUGCAGAUGAUCCUCUAACAGACGAAGAAGAUGAAGAUUUUGAAGAAGAGAGUGAUGAUGAUGACACUGCAGCUCUUCUUGCAGAAUUGGAAAAGAUUAAAAAAGAAAGAGCUGAGGAGCAGGCCAGAAAGGAACAGGAACAAAAAGCAGAAGAAGAGAGGAUCCGUAUGGAGAACAUCCUGAGUGGAAACCCGCUCCUUAACCUCACUGGCCCAGCCCAGCCUCAGGCCAACUUCAAAGUGAAAAGAAGGUGGGAUGAUGACGUUGUCUUCAAGAACUGUGCAAAAGGUGUGGAUGACCAGAAGAAAGACAAAAGAUUUGUGAAUGACACACUGCGAUCUGAGUUUCACAAAAAGUUCAUGGAAAAGUAUAUUAAGUAGUACAGUUUUAUGUGCCUAACUAAAGACUGAAGUAGUAAGGUUCACUUGGACUUCUGUUGUUUUUUUCUUUCCCCCCGUAUAAAUCGUGUAUAGGUUCUCCUAAUUUUAAGUUGUAACUUGUCUUCCUUUAGUGAUACCGUAUUUGAUGGUGGACUUGAGAACAGGUUCCACAGUUUCCAGUCUCUGAAUGUUUCCAGUUGUAUCUUUUCUUAUUAAUACAGAAAAAGGAAUCUGCUUACAAUAAAUAUUUUAAUCUAAA